UCUUCUUUUCACUUCUUCUUCUUCUUCUUUUUUAAUUUUUUAAUUUUUUUCUUUAAUUUUUCUGUUGUUGUUAUUACUGUAUUUCUUCUCUUCUUUAUACUUCUUCUUUAUACUUCUUCUGCUACUUGUAACCUUUACGAAACAAACAAACUAACAAGAGAAUUUACUUUCUUUUCAUUUGUUCUACAUAUUAACUAAUUAAUUAAUUAAUUAAUUAAUAUUAUUAUUAUUAUAUAAUUAUAUUAUACUAUACUAUAUUAUAUUAUAUUUUAUAUAUAUAUAUAAAUAAUUAAUUAAUUAACUAUUAUAUAUUUUAUCUACUAUUACGUCUGCUUGUCUUCUGACACGUAAAGAUUCCCAUCUCAACUUACUCUUUAUUUUUCUUCUUUUUUUAUUCUUUUUUUUCCCUUAUCUAUCUCUUCUUCUUGCAUAAUGACUGCUGUUAGCUCUGUCGCCGAUGUUGAUGCCUGGAUUUCACAGCUCUCGGAUUGCAAACAACUACCUGAAUCAGACAUUAAGAAGCUUUGCGACAAGGCUCGUGAAAUUCUCUUAGAAGAGUCUAAUGUCCAGCCAGUACGAUGCCCAGUCACCGUGUGUGGCGAUAUUCACGGCCAAUUCCAUGACCUCCAAGAACUGUUUCGAAUCGGAGGCAACUCACCCGACACAAAUUAUCUCUUCAUGGGUGAUUAUGUCGACCGUGGUUAUUAUUCUGUUGAAACAGUUACAUUGUUGGUCGCACUCAAGGUGCGCUACAAAGAUCGUGUGACCAUCUUGCGUGGAAACCACGAAUCCCGCCAGAUCACACAAGUUUAUGGCUUUUACGACGAGUGUCUACGCAAAUAUGGAAAUGCAAACGUCUGGAAGAUGUUUACUGAUCUAUUCGAUUAUUUGCCCUUGACUGCACUCAUUGAAGACCAGAUCUUUUGUCUUCACGGAGGUCUCUCUCCCUCUAUCGACACACUUGAACAGAUCAGAUCAUUGGACCGGAUCCAAGAAGUACCCCACGAAGGUCCAAUGUGUGAUCUCCUUUGGUCUGACCCUGAUGAUCGUUGUGGUUGGGGUAUCUCUCCAAGAGGUGCUGGCUACACAUUCGGACAGGAUAUUUCUGAAACAUUCAAUCACAACAACGGCUUGACUCUAGUAGCCAGAGCACAUCAACUGGUUAUGGAGGGUUACAACUGGACACACGAUCGUAAUGCGGUUACCAUCUUUAGUGCACCAAACUACUGCUAUCGUUGUGGUAACCAAGCUGCGAUCAUGGAAAUUGACGAGCAUCUGAAAUAUACAUUCCUUCAAUUUGAUCCUGCACCUAGACGUGGUGAACCCCAUGUAACCCGACGCACACCAGACUAUUUCCUGUAGGCACGACAACUAUGACAAUGACAGAUAAGAAAGUAUUUUUAAGCCACCCAAAAAAAAAUAUAAAGAGAAUUUGUGCUUAGAUUAGGAUUUCUACAUCUACCUCUUUUCUUCUUCUAUUUUACGUUCCUUAAUAGUCUCUCUUUUAAAUACAUUUAACUUACUGUUGCACUUGUACACUUUACCGUUUGUCUUUUGUAUUUGCCACUCUUCUUUUUUUUAAAAAUAAUAAUAAUAAUAAUUAUAUAUAUAAAACAAGUGUGCAAUAUAUAUUGAAAUGUCACAAGUAUAUAUAGUGCAAUACAAUACAAUAAAUAUUCGUGUACC